GACGGUAUUGCGGGGAAGCGCGUCUUGGUUGCAUCUCGAGCGGCUGUAGCCAUACAUACGAGGCUUUUUAACCGAGAUCACAAUGCUUGGAUUGCUGCUGUAGUACCUUGACUAGUAGAAACCAUGGCACUGCCUCAACUAUAAGAGGCGUCUGACAUCCUCCAUUGAUCAGCAUCCACUCCGGUCUCUGUCUUUCUCAAUACCACCAGGCACCAUGAUAACCAAAGGGCUUCUCGCCCUCGGAUCGGCAAUCCCUGCCUUUGCAGGCUCCCUUGUCCAACGUCAAAGCACGCCUCUCGACGACUGCCCUGGCUACGCAGUCAGUAACGUCCAGAACGACGGUUCCCGGGUUACUGCGGACCUCACUCUUGCCGGUACUGCUUGCAAUGCCUAUGGUGAAGAUCUCACUGAUCUCAAGCUCGAGGUCGAGUAUCAGACUGAGGAUCGCCUUCAUGUGAAGAUCUACGAUGCCGCUGAACAGGUCUUCCAGAUCCAGGAAUCGGUCUGGCCUCGCCCUUCUGAUGACGAGGGCACCGACCCUGAAAAGUCGGCUUUGACUUUCACUUGGAACGAUAGCCCGUUUUCUUUUGCCAUCAAACGUAGGGCCACCAAUGAGACGCUCUUCGAUACUUCAGCAGCUUCUCUUGUUUUCGAGACGCAGUAUCUUCGCUUGAGGACCGCUCUGCCACCUUUGCCAAACCUGUACGGUCUUGGUGAAUCGACGGAUGCUUUCCAUCUCAACACCACCAAUUAUACGCGAACCCUUUGGAACCGAGAUGCUUACGGCACGCCACCAGGAUCCAACCUCUAUGGAGCUCACCCGAUCUACUUUGAUCACCGCGGUGAGAAUGGUACUCACGGUGUUUUCUUGGCUAGCUCUGAGGGUAUGGACAUCAAGAUUGAUGAUACUGACGGCCAGUUCCUUGAGUACAACACUCUCGGUGGUGUUCUUGAUUUCUACUUCCUUGCUGGACCCGGCCCUAAGGAAGUUGCAACUCAAUACUCGGCACUUUCUGGCUUGCCUGCUAUGAUGCCUUACUGGGGUUUCGGCUCACAUCAGUGCAAGUAUGGAUACCGUGAUGUUUGGGAGGUUGCUGAGGUUGUGGCAAACUACUCUGCUGCUGAUAUUCCACUUGAGACCAUGUGGACCGAUAUCGACUACAUGGAGCUUCGCCGCCUGUUCACCCUGGAUCCCGAGCGUUACCCGCUUGAGCUUGUUCGCCAGCUUGUAGACUAUUUACAUGCUCACCAACAGCACUACAUUGUGAUGGUCAACUCUGCUGUCUGGAGCGGUGACUAUGAUGCCUACAACAACGGUGCAAAGCUUGAAGUCUUCCAGAAGACGAGCAACGGCUCCUUCGAACAGGGUGCUGUCUGGCCAGGCCCUACUGUUUUCCCAGAUUGGUUUCAUCCCAAUACCCAGAAAUACUGGGAUGAGGAAUUCGCUCGCUUCUUCGACCCCGCUACUGGUGUUGAUAUCGAUGGACUUUGGAAUGACAUGAACGAACCCGCCAACUUCUGCCCAUACCCCUGCUCAGACCCUGAGGCCUAUUCUGAGGAGUCCAAGAACCCACCCGAGCCACCGGCGGUGCGCACUUCUGCAGGUCGCCAAAUCCCUGGCUUCCCAGCAGGUUUCCAGCCACAGUCUAACUCUAGCAUUGCAAGGCGUUCUGUUGUGAAGGGACCAUCUAGCAUGCGUCCAUCCAAGCGUCAAGCGCCUAACAGCGCUGGAGAUGCUAAGCACCUCGGUCUUCCCGGUCGUGAUCUGAUCAACCCUAAAUACCAGAUCCACAACGAAGCCGGUUCAAUCAGCAACAGGACCCUGGCUACGGAUAUCAAGAAUUACGAUGGUUCUUACCACUACGAUACGCACAACUUCUGGGGUUCGAUGAUGAGUAUCACCUCUCACAAGUCUAUGCAAGCUCGUCGUCCCGAAAGACGUCCAUUCAUUAUCACUAGGUCGUCUUUCCCUGGUCUUGGUUCCUACCUCGGAAAGUGGCUUGGUGACAACGUCUCCGAGUGGGCUCAAUACCGCUUCUCGAUUGCCGGCAUUUUGAACUUCAACACCAUCUUCCAGAUCCCCAUGGUCGGUCCCGAUAUUUGCGGUUUCGCCGGAAACACGACCGAGACUCUCUGCGCCCGCUGGACCACUCUCGGUGCUUUCUACCCAUUCAUGAGGAACCACGCCGGUGACACUUCCAUCAGCCAAGAAUACUACCGCUGGCCUCUCACCAGGGCUGCAGCCAAGAACGCCAUCGCAGUCAGGUACAGGCUCUUGGACUACUUCUACACGGCCUUCCACCGCCAGACCACCACCGGUCUACCCAGCUUGAACCCCCUCUUCUUCCAUUACCCCGCCGACGCCAAAACCUUCGGUAUCGAGCACCAAUUCUUCUACGGCGACAGCAUCCUCGUCUCGCCCGUCCUUGAAGAAAAUUCCACCUCCGUCUCGAUCUACCUCCCCAAGGACGUCUUCUACGACUACUGGACUGGCAAGCGCAUCCAAGGAAACGGCGAAAACAUCAACCUCACCGACGUAGGCUUUGACACCAUCCCUCUCCACAUCAAAGGCGGAUCCAUCCUCCCUCUGCGCGCUGAAUCCGCAAACACAACCACCGAGCUCCGCAAGCAAAAUUUUGUCCUCUGGAUCGCACCAAACGCUACCAACCAAGCCUCUGGCUCCCUCUACCUCGAUGAUGGAGAUUCCCUCGAGCAGAAGUCUACUUCGCUCAUUAACUUCUCCUUCAACAACGGCGCGUUCAGCAUGAGCGGCGAUUUCGGAUUCGAGACUGAGCUUGUUAUUCAGAAUAUUACUAUCCUGGGUACUUCACAGAGCGUACAGGGCCCUGUUGCGCUUACCAAGGGCUGGGAACAUAACUUUGGGACUGGCGCUGGUAUGCCGCAGUUUAAUGGUGGUGCCGCGGAGUCGCGUCGCGGUGCUGCUACGGUUUGGGGAUUGGUUGCGGGCAUUGUUAGUGUUUGGUCGAGCUUGUAAGUUAGAUGGAGAGUUUGAACAUGAAGGGGUUCAAUGAUUAGUGGGAGGUUUUUGAUGGCUUUUGGUUACGAAGCAUCUGUCGACAUGUAUAGUUCAUUUGCAAAGUUUUGUUUAUCAAACAGCUUUCUUUGUUCGUUACAGUCUUGACUUGUUGAAAGUACUGCUUGCCACAUUUGAGACUUUGAGCUUUAGUCAUAGUUACUUCGGUAUAUUUCACGACACUGGUACCGCUGUACACGUAACUCAAAAAAGAAAAGAAAAUACAGUAACGUACAUCCCUUCGUAACGGAACAACCGUCGUAACGGACAAAAUUACAGGUACUUUGACUUUAUAGCAAC